CUCUCUAUUUGUGGGGAUGAUAUGAAAUCAGGAAACAUCAACACACAAGCAAAGAUCAACAAAGAAGACAGACCAUUAACCCAUCGGCGGUCACAGACUGAAAAAGGGAGAGCGUGAUGAAGAUCCGUGAUUUAAUUCUCAUAUUUAUAUGCAUCCCUGCAACCCUGAGUACCAAUGACCAUCUUCCAAACUGUAAAGAUGCUCUUGAAGAUUGCCUUCACCAAGAAGUGCCAUGGACCAGGUGUUAUGAGGAUAGAAUUACAAGAUGCAUUCAAAAGGGCAGACUGCACAUCCCAAACUUCUACAGGUGGUCUGUCAACGCAUCCAAUCAGGCAGAAGCGGGCACGGAUUCUGGACACAGAGUGCACUUCCCUGCACAUGCCCUCCAGAGAAGCAAGAGGAGCGACUCUCAUACCACUGACUAUGUGCACAUUACUAUGGCUGUACUCAACAGCUCUCUAUUCAAGCUCGGUCUAGUUCGAGGCUAUAGAUCAGGGGAGGUCCUAAGGCAGUCUGUGCUGGCUGUGAGGGUGGGGGACCACGGUGUGAGUGACCUUGACCAGCCUGUCAGAAUCGCCUUCAGAAACACAAAUGUGACGGAGCGAGGGACUUGUGUUUUCUGGAAGGACUCAGAAAAUAAUAAUGGCGAAGGGGAUUGGAGUUCAGAGGGUUGUAACACCACCCUCAUUCACGGAGAGUUUGUGUGCAGCUGCAACCAUCUCAGCUUCUUUGCUGUGCUUGUGAACUCAAAGUUGUCGGUAGACUCUGUGAAUGCCGCCAACCUAGGCUACAUCUCCUACAUUGGUUCAUCAUUCUCUGUGGUUUUCACAACAGUAAGCCUUGUCAUGUACACAUGUCUUAGGAAGAGGAGUUCUGAACAGUCAAUAGGUAUUCAUGUGCAUCUGACAGGAGCGCUCCUGUUUCUGCACCUCUCCUACCUCUUGAGCGAGUGGUGGGUGUGGCAUGAGGCUGAUGGGGCUGAGGGACGUGUCUGUCUGGCCUUUGGGUUGAUGCUGCACUGGGCUCUCCUGUCUACCUUCACCUGGUUGGCCAUUGAAGGAUUCCAUCUCUACAUGCUGUUAGUCCGCGUCUUCAACAUCUAUGUCAGGAAAUACCUGCUCAAACUGAGCCUGUUUGGAUGGGGCAUACCCACUGUGACUGUGGUGGCCUGUGGUUUCUCAGGAGUCUACGGAAGACAUAGCUUCUACAUGAAGGGGGCCAAUAAUGGCUCAUCAACAGACAUAUGUUGGAUAAGCAGUGCUACAGACAGCCCUGGAGUGGUAGUCAGCUACGUCACAGUGAGUGGAUACUUGGGCCUGGUCUUCCUCUUCAACACAGCCAUGCUAGGUGUGGUGGUGAUGAAACUUUGGGGGCAGAGAGGGAAGGGUAGAAUGUGGAAGGACUGGGCCACGUUCCUGGGGCUCAGCUGUGUGCUAGGAGUACCAUGGGGGCUGGCGUUCUGCACCUACGGCCCUCUUUCUCUCCCUGGACUGUACCUCUUCAGUAUAUUCAACUGCUUCCAGGGUGUCUUCUUGUUCCUGUGGUUUCUUGCCCUUUUACAUAAGGGCCGCCCAGAGCGCUCCUCUGUGAAAGACUCUUCCAGUCAAAAGAUGAUGGAGACAAACCUCAACUGAUACCUGCAACACAUUCCAGCAUACCUUUAGUAGUGUUUGCAGACCAAGUCCCAUUUUACCCAUGCAUACAAUGAGUUUAAACCAGAUGUGAAAGUCUAGUUAAUUUGUUCCCGGUGCAGACCUCUUAUACCGAGAAAUAAAAUGUAUGACCUUUUAUUAUGGCAUAAA